AUGCAAGGAGGCGCGUCGGAAGAUAGGAUGCGCGUCGGCAGAGGAAGCAGGAGCCGGCGGUGCUCUUGCAAGAAGGUGGAGGCGAAGGGACGGGGUUCACGCGGAGGAGCAGGCGAGGCCGCGCUCGGCGCUCUGCCACAACAGUUCGUUAUCCCAGAUGCUAAAAAGUGCUCGGAUGCUGCUUUGCUGAACGAGCACUCGCGCGCUGGCCGUCGGAUCGACUCGAUCAUGCCUCUGGUCCCCGUUCUUUCGGGACGUCGCCUCCCCAUCUCUUCCCACCACGGUUUGCUCCCCCUGGGGCGCCGCCGCCAACGCUACGCCCACAGCCGCAGCCAAGCCACCGCCCCCGUCCCUCUUCACGCUCGACGAAUGCUUGCCGCCGUCAACUUCUCCCCCAAACCCACCUCCUCCGACCUCCUCCCCGUUGCUGGCUCCCUCUCCCACUGCCCCGCAGGUAGCUGCUCCCCGUCAUGGGACCUCUCCCGCUACAGCGCCUCGGCACCGAGGUCCCCCAUAGACGGUGUCGGGAGCCGCGCCCGCAAGGAGAUGCAUGCGCUUUUCCCCGCGCCGCCGAGUCCCUAUACGAUCGCGCGCGUCGAGACAAAAUUUGCCGGAAAUCUAUUGUUUACCACUUUGGCUCGUCGGAAAUCGGAAAGCUCAAUUAUCGCAGCCACACGUAUUUUUCCUUCUUCUCCUGGGCGCGCGGCGUUCGUUCCCAAGAAGCAACAGCCACCGAUCCGAGUCUUCUUGUCCGCUUCCCGCCGCGCGCGCGUGAGGCCUCCACGCAUCCGGCGCCGGAUUCUUUCACGCCUCGCUUCCCACCACCACCAUUCCAUAUCUGUCACAGAGAUAGGAGCAUCGUCGUCCAUGGCGGCCGCCGCCCCGGUGGCCCCCGGGAGCGGACGCGUCGGCCGGCCGCGGGCGCCACGGGUGGGGCUGGGCGCUGCAGGAGCCGCGGCGGCGGCGGCGGCGGGGGAGGGGCCGUCGUGCCUCUACGUGGGGCCCAUCGAGACGGCCAGCCAGGAGAGGCUCGAGGCGCUCUACCGCCAGGCCAGGGAUUCAUACUACAGUGGCGAGCCUCUGAUUGUCGACGACAUGUUCGACAAGGUCGAGCUCAAGCUCCGGGUCUACGGCUCCCCGUCGGUGGUAAAAUACCCCCGCUGCAGCCUCAAGCGGCAGUCGGCGUACGCGGACGCCGAGGAGGACAACUCGUUGAUUAUGGCACUGUCGAGCAUCUGGAUGCUGCUGCUCCUGUUCGGUACCUCCGCUUUGUUGGUCCCAACCUUCAACACUCUGAGCCGGGCGUUUGGGGAUGCGUUCGGGACGAGGUUUCUCUUGUAUGGCGCCAAGUCCCUUGACGGGAUAACCAGGGCGAACGACAUGGUUUUGUUCGGGUUGGGCUAUAUUGUUGGCUAUCCGAUUGCAUCUGCGUCAUUUGGUGCACUCCAAGGCUUGCUGACAAACAAUGUGGUUGCACUAAAAGGAUCUUGCCCAAAUUGUGGAGAGCAGGUCUUUGCAUUUGUUAAGACGGAUAAAUCCGUUAAAGCACCCCACAAGGCAGAAUGCCAUGUCUGCGAGUGCCCGUUGGAGUACCGUACUAAAAUCGAGAGAUCUCUGUCUGGACCUAGAAGGAGCUGGGUUUAUGGCCGUGUUUACAUGGCGAAGCAAGGACAUCCUAGGAAACGAAGAUGGAUAAAGGACUAGAAAUCCAUUGCUAGUUGUCAAAGAAAUAGAUCCAUAUUUAUCUUACUGUU